GUCCACUAGGAACAGUCCUCCCCGUCACUGAGAUCCUGGCUUGACCGAUCCCCCCCUUCUCUCCUGUCUCAUUCGUCAACCACCUACGAAUGCCUAUCUAGUCCUCCGGUCUUCUUCCCCCGCCCACGGAACCGCCCACCGCCGACGUGGAACUCCCCGGCCACCACCACCACCACCACCACCACGGAUAACCGAGUCUUCCCCUCUGCUUCGACAGUCCCACCCAGCAAACCACCGCAACCAUGGCGCUCGUCAAUGUUCGUCGCGACGUUACCGAUGUCUUCUAUCGCUACAAGAUGGAAAGGCUCCUGACCAAGAUCGAAGGCAAAGGUAACGGUAUCAAGACUGUCGUCGUCAAUCUGAGCAGCGUUGCUGCUUCUCUUGCCCGCCCCGGGUCUUACGUCAUCAAGUACUUUGGUUUCGAGCUUGGCGCUCAGACCAACAUCGACCCCCCGGAUGACCGAUGGAUUAUCAACGGUGCCCACGAAGCUUCCAAGCUGCAGGACCACCUGGAUGGUUUCAUCAACAAGUUUGUUCUCUGCAAGAAGUGCAAGAACCCUGAAACCGACGUUGUCAUCAAGGAUGGUCACAUCGUCCUCGAUUGCAAGGCUUGUGGCCAGCGCACCGAUGUUGAUCUCCGCCUCAAGCUUAGCGGGUUCAUUCUGAAGAAUCAGCCCAGGAAGGGCGGCAAGAAAGACAAAGCCGAACGUAAAGCCGCCCGCAAAGCCAAGCAGCAAGCCCUCCAGAACGGCGGCAAGGAGAACGGCCAGGGAAGCGGCGGUGAGAAUUCCGAGAACGGCUCCAACGAGAAUGGCUCCAAGAAUGACGAGGAGGAAGAUGGUGGCAGCGAUGACGAAUUCACUCGUAAGAUCAAUGCUGAUGCCCAGGUCAUUGACGCUCCCACCGAAGUCAAGGACGAUGACUGGGCCGUUGACAUGUCUGAGAAGGCUGUCAAGGCUCGUCAAAACCAGCUGCCGAGCGAAUUUCGUCAGAAGCUUGUUCUUGGUGGUGGUGAGGACGAUGACGAAGAAGGAGAAGGCGGUGGCCACACUGUCUACGAUACCUUAGGCGACUGGAUCCAGGAGGAAUCCGCCAAGACAGGCAGCAUUAACAAGGUCGAGGAUAUUCAAAUUUAUGUUAAAGCCAAGGAGUUGGGGAUUGAGACCAAGCACAAGACGGUCUUGGUGCUCAUUCAGACUCUAUUUGAUGAGAAUAUCCUCAUCCAAGUUCCCAAGCGCGCAGCUAUGCUCAAACAGCUGGUUACUUCGGAGCGCCACCAGAGAGCUCUUCUGGGUGGCAUCGAACGUCUCCUAGCCACUGAGGGCAAGGAGCAUCCGGAGCUGUUGACCAGCGACAAGAUUGUCAAGAUCCUUCACCAGCUUUACGACAAGGAUCUGGUUAGCGAGGAGGUCAUCCAGAAAUGGGGAACGAAGGCGAGCAAGAAAUAUGUCGAUCUCGCUACCUCCAAGAAGAUUCGUCGUGCCGCAGAGCCUUUCCUCAAGUGGCUGGAGGAAGCUGAGGAAGACGAUACCGACGAUGAGUAAGCUGUGGAGACAGCCUCUGCUACUACUGUGUGGCCACCACUUGCGCUCAGCAUCGGUCGGUGAUCUUUCGGACUCGGUGGACGCUUUUGAUUUCUGUGCUUGUUUGCGUGUCUCUGCCUGUCUAAAGUGAAGGCCUCACGCUGCUGUUGCAUGCACCCUUCACAGCUUAGCACUCUGUUACAGAAAAGGAGGGACAUGACGAGAAGAGACAACAGCCAGCAAAGCAAGGUUUCUGUUUUUGCCUUUCUCCAUUUCGGUUCUCUGUAAUUAUCCUAGU